AUGGCCUCCAAGUCCCAUCCUCGUGCCUGCAUUCCAGCCAAUGGCUGCGCCGCGGUCCCCUCCAGCGGGCGGGAGGGCGGGCGCCGAGGGGGGCUCGGCCACGGCUGCGCUCCCAUUGGCGGAGGCGGCACCACCCUGACAAAGCCCCACUGUCCUCACCGCCGCGCCGCCGUGGCGGUCGGCCGGCCCGAGCCCGGGCCCACCACCAGCCCCGAAUCCCCUCGCCGACUCCCGAGUCAACACCCGGCCAGAUCCUCUUCCUCCUCCCCUCCGGCAGGCCAGCCUGGCUCGGGUUCCAGCGGCUGGACUCGCGGCCUGACCGCUGUCCAGCAUCCCUUCCCGAGCGCAGCCUGCGGAGAGGAGGCAUUUCCCCGCGUUCCCCGCCCCGGGAACACAGCGUCGCCGAGAACGCGCGGGGAGGAGGAGGAGGCUGCGGGACGGGAUCCGGGAGACUGGUUGGGAAGGUGCGAACGGAGGAGCGGGGAGGAGAGAAAACCAACCACCGGGGCCGAGCCAGCUCAGCCUAAAAUGAUCCACCUUUCGGCUCCUGCUCCGCCGCAGCCCCAGGGCUGGCCUGCGGGACCCGAUGCCCCUUCCCCACCCAAAUCCCGGAAACCGGGCUCCGUGGCGGCCCAGAGCCCAACCAAACUGAGGCCAGGGCGUUGGCACAUCCCACCCGAGCUCAGAGAAGCUGACCCUCCGCUUACCCCACUCCGGAUGGGCAGGGGGCUCCGCGGCGGAGGGUGGCGGGGGGACUCGGCUGCGUCUGGCACCCGGAUGCACCCACACUCUUCGGUGUGCGCGCUCGAGCAGCGCCGGGCGGGGCCCGACGGCCGGCGGCGUGGAGGCGGAGUGAGCUCCCGGGCCGCCCCCUUCUGCCUUCGGGCCCCCAGCCUGGCGCUGGGCCCGCCGAGGGCUCCCCCAAAACGCUCCCCCGAGGUUAACCUACGCAGGACCACGUGUCUGCGUCCAAGCCGGGAGCGGAUUUCUGCCACCUCUCUCCUAGACCAGGAUUCUAGAUUCUCCUAG